UCUGCAGUUUUCCAAUUAAUAUCACCGGGUAGGUGUCCUGUAAUAAAUAUUAUUUUUUACAAGGGUGAUAAACUAACCUCGAUCAAUGAUUACGUCAAUAUAGUAAAGGAUCUAAUUCAGACAAAAUUAAAAAAAGAUAGAUGAACUAUUCCAAUAUAUAGAGGCAUUAAAAUCGGAACUCAAUCAAAAGGUCCUACAGAAGGUGCAAACUAAUGCUUCCACUUGUACGAGUGGCCCGUCCACUAGUUCUCCACCUUCUUUGUUCUCCGAGGCUCUUCAAAAUCAGCCUUCUUAUAUAAUUAAACCAAAGAAUAAACAAGAUUCCCUUGCUACCAAAAAUGAUAUGGUUAAGAGUAUAAAUCCUAUUUCCACAAAUCUAAAUUCGACCAAAGCAGUUAACGUUAAAGAUGGCGGUCUUAUGGUGAGUUGCAAAAAAUCAGAAGACUGUCAUAAAUUAAAAAAGAUGGUGGAUGAACAUCUUGGAAACAAGUAUACUAUCAAAGAAGUGUCAGUGUUAAACCCUAAAUUUAAAAUUGUUGGAAUAUCUGGAAAACUGUGUGAUGAGGAUCUUAUAAAUUACCUGAAAAAUCAAAAUAAAAAGGAAGUAUCCGGUGAUCUUAAAAUUAUUUCUAAUGUUCCUCUAAAUAAAAAUAAGAAACUGUAUCAGGUAGUUGUCCAGUGUGAUAUAUCUACUUAUAAAAAAAUGUAUUAG